AUGCCCAAGCACCGAGAUAACAACGAUAUCGAGGCUCACAAUGAGUGGUCUGGCGCCCUUACCAACGAGACCGAGCAGAAUGCAACGCUCAACGGUGUCAAGAAGAAGAUGGUGACCAGGUACAGCCGGUUCGACAAGAUUCUGAUUGCAGGCGGUAUCUUCUUCAUCAACUUUGUCGCUGCCAUGGACUCCAGCGCUACCGGAACCAUCCAGCCCGCAGUUCUCAGCGAGUUCAAUGCCCUGACCCGUGCGGGUAUCAUCUCGACUGUCACAUACCUGCUCGUUGCUGGUCUGCGUCCCAUAUUUGCAAAGAUCUCCGAGGUCUACGGCCACAUCCACGGCCUAUUCAUUUCCAUGUUCUUCUACACGCUUGGCCUCCUCAUCUGUGCGCUGUCCAAGAGCUUCACUACCAUUUUCGCCGGCACCAUCAUCUCCGUCAUUGGCCAGGCCGGCUACGGCACCCUGGUCACUAUCAUCAUUGCGGAUGUCAUCCCUAUCCACCUGCGCGGUAUCAUCACCGCAUGGGUGUCUAUUCCGUACGUGACCAACUACUACCUCGGUAUCGAGGUUGGAGACGGACUCAUCAAAAAGUGGCAAUGGGUGUACGGCAUUCCUGGCAAUCCUGGCCUUCUGUUCCGUCUCGAUCGUCGCGCGCGCCAGAUCCUCAAGGGAGACUGGCCAGUGGUCAAGGAAGCCUGGGUUGAACUUGAUAUCCUGGGUCUGAUUCUCCUGUGCGGCGGCUGCAUCUCGAUUCUGGCUCCGCUGGGCAUGCAGCUCAACACCACCUACGGCUGGGGUAGCGCACGCGUUAUUGCGCCUCUUGUAAUCGGCGUUGCCGCCCUGGUGCUCUUUGCCUUCUACGAGCGUCUGUGGGCCCAGUUUCCUGUGGUCCCCUUCCACCUCUUCAAGCACCGCACAUUCACCGGCGCCAUCCUUGCCGGCAUCUUCUUCUACGUUACGUCCAAUGUGUCGCUGUUUUUCUUCAAUCCUUUUAUUCAAGUAACGCGCGAGGUCUCGUCCCGCACUGCCAUGCUGCUGCAGCUCAGCACCACCGGCUACUACGUCGGGCUGUUCCUUGGGGGCUGGGCGAUGCAGUGGUCCCGCAGAUAUCGCCGCUGGGCAUGGAUUGGCUGGGCCAUGUGGCUCAUCUCUGUCUGCCUUAUGAUCCGCUCGCGUUCUGGCUCGCACACAACCAAUGCGGAAAUUGCAGCUGUUCAGGCAAUUAUUGGUGUUGGCAGUGGCAUCGUGAUCAGCUGCGUCGGUAUCGGAGUGCAGGCAUCGGUUUCCAAGACCGACGUGCCCAUUGCUGUCACGCUUUACGGGAUGGUCGCAUACCUAGGUGGCGUUAUAGGCGAGGGUGUGUCGACAACGGUGUGGGUCAACGUGCUGCCGUCCAAGAUCAACUCGAAGCUGGACCCGAGCGUCGACUCAUUCAGCGCUAUUAACAACAUCACAUACUUCUUCGAAUUGCCCAAGGACCAGCGCGUUAUUGUGCAGGAGGGCUAUCUUGAGUCACCCCCCAAGAGUGAUGAGGAUGGGCAGGUGGAUCAGACUUCGACAAGCUCUGACUCGAAGUCAAUCAAGAAGUAA